CGCUCUUUAUAAUUAGAGAAAAAUCCGCCUGGGAAUGGUCUGCCAGAGGUCUGUACUGUACUGUAUAAUCGAUCAUAGUCAGUACAGUAUUAAUUAUCUGUAGUCUAAGUUAAGUUGUGGGUCUAUCAUUUAUGGGUCAGUCUCAAGGCCAUGAACUUCCAUUUGACAUUGGGGACAAGUUCAGUUGUCUCUCAGGAAAGAGUGUAUGGAGUGUCCAUGUUGGGAAAAGAAAGGUCAGUGGAGAUCCAGUGACUGUAUUUGUGUUUGAUUACACUGACAAAUCUCCUGAGGAAAUUAAGUGUGCCCAGUCGGCUCACCUCAGACUAAAGACCCUCAGGCACCCGAACGUGCUCAAGUACAUUGAUGGCAUUGAGCUGUCGACUACUAUUUACAUGGUGACGGAGGUGGCCACACCCCUUGAGGAACACCUGGAUAUACCUGAGGGCCGCUCCAACUUCAGCACCUCGUGGGGUCUACACCAAGUUGUUAAAGCGGUCGGCUUUCUGUCUAAGGACUGUGGUCUGGUCCAUCGCAACAUCUGCCUCUCCUCGGUGUUUGUGGACUCAGCGGGGGAGUGGAAGCUGGCAGGGGUGGAGUUCAUGAUCUCCCACAGUGAUACCAGCCCCCCUCCCAAGAGCCUGGGGGCACUGAGGAGGUACGACCCCCCAGAGGCAGGAAAGCCUGGGGCAGCUAAAAGAGGAGAGAAAUGGUCGACUGAUAUGUGGGGCCUUGGUUGUCUGGUGUGGGAGGUCUACAAUGGACCUUUGUCCCAAGUCUCUGCUCUCAGGAACACUGCCAAGCUCCCCAAGAACCUGAUAGCCCACUAUUGUGAGAUGGUCAGUGCCAACCCAAAGUCUCGGCCCAACCCGUCAAACCUGCUCAGCCAGUUGAGAGAGCAUGGUAGUUUCCUUGCCAACCAUCACGUCAGCAUCGCACUCAGUAUCGAGGAGGUACAGAUAAUGGAGCCAGCUCAGAGGAAUGAUUUCUUCACUUACCUCAACAAACACCUCGACUCCUUCCCAAAGAGCUUCUCAAAGUGCAAGAUACUCCCUCAGUUGAUCAACGCCUUUGAGUUUGGGGGGGCGGGGUCAUCGGUCCUGGCCCCCCUCUUCAAGCUCGGCAGUCUGUUGGACGAGGGAGACUAUCAGAAGAGAAUCGUUCCGUGUGUCGUUAAGAUGUUCUCCUCGACUGAUAGGGCCACCAGACUCAAUCUAUUGAAACAGCUGGAGCACUUUAUUGGUCACCUCCACUCGUCCACAGUGAACCAGAUCUUUCCCAAAAUUGCUGACGGCUUCUCUGACACGAUACCUGCCAUGAGGGAACAGACUGUCAAGGCGAUGGUAUUAGUUGCUCCCAAGUUGUCCGGAGCUGCGGUGUGUGCUCAGCUGCUCAAGUACCUGGCCAAGUGUCAGAUGGACGAUGUGUCCGCUAUCAGAGUUAACACUAAUAUAUGUCUGGGGAAGAUAGCUCCUCACCUAGAACCAGGGACUCGACGGAAGGUCCUAGCAACAGCCUUUAUCCGAGCUCUCAAAGACCCAUUCCCAGCUGCCCGUAUCGCGUCCAUCAACUCAAUGGCUGCCACUCACCCAUUUUACUCCACUGCUGACAUGGCGACCAAGCUCCUCCCAGCUCUGUGCGCCAUGACACUAGACAAAGAGAAGGAGGUGAGGGAUCACGUGUUCAAAACUCUCCAUCUCUUCCUGGACAAGCUUGAGCGAAUAUCAGAUGACCCGGAGGCAGCUGAAGAGCAGGAGAAGACAGAAGCUGCAGGCAGCACCAGCUGGACUGGAUGGGCCGUGAGCUCACUCACCUCAAAAUUCUACAAGGCACCCACAACCACUGCAAGCCAGAAGCAGCCAGAAGUAAAGCCCAGAGCUCCUGAGCCUACAGCCAAACCAGAUGUGAGUGGAGGAAAGCAAGAGAGAGAAGCUGUUUCCUCACCCCAGAGGCCACCACCUGAUGAAAGUGGGUGGGAUGACGACCAAUGGGAGGACUUCAAUACAGACAGCCAACCAGUUGGUAACCAGGGUCAACCCGAGUUCAGUCCCGAUAUUGAAGCUAAAGAGGACAGUGACAUGGAGGGUUGGGACGAUGACGAGUGGGGUGAUAUUGAAUCAUCAAACACCACUCAGACUGUACCCAGCAGUGGGGCUGACUUCUUUGAUGCGUUUGACAGUAAACCCUCUAAUGCUAAACCGAAAACUGAACAGAGUGGUGAUUUUUUCGACAACGUUCCAGGGCACUGGUCAGCAAAGAAUACUAGAACUGAGAAAACACCACCUCCUCCUGUGUCGGCAUCGCUGUUUAGUGGAAAGGGCGGGGCUAGUGAGGGUGCUGGUGGGGGUGAUGGGUGGGACAGUGGUGGAGGUGGUGAUGGAUGGGGAGACUGGAAUGAGGACUUUAAAGAACCACAAAAACAGGUUUCCAAUGCACAAUCGGGGGGAUUAGAAUCAAGACCAGCAACAAAAGGAAUUUCACCAUUCAGUGUUACUAAACCUGCUGCUGCUAGCUCAAGAGGUGAUGGUGACGGAUGGAAUGACUUUGAUGAACCUAGUUGGGGGACUAUGGAUGAAACUCCAUCAAAAAGUGAAAGCAGUGGCUCUUCUAAACAAGAACAGUUACAAAGAAAGAGAGAAGAGAGACGAUUAAAACAGCAAGCAGCUCGUGAGAAAAAGGCUGCAGGAGUAGGACUCAAACCUAGUGGAUUAGGAGCAGUUAAAAAGAAUUGAUUUGUGCAGUAUAAUUUUAUGUGGUUGCAAUCGUUUUUGCGUAAUUUUUCGAUUAAUAAAGUAUUA